UAAAAUACGUCAAGGGUGCUAACAGAAGAAGAAGAAGAACGGGAUUUGUUUACAGAGACACGUUAGCUGUUAGCUAGCUACGUGUUUUUGGAUUAAAAUAAUGAAUAAAGAAUAAUAACUUGUUGAAAGAAUAAUUGUUAACGUGUUUAGAUCAUUUUCGGUUAGGAACAAUGAUGAAACGACAGAAUGUGUGGUUUACGGAGAUGAAAUUUGAACAGAUAGCUGGAAAGCUAGCACGCUAGGUUAGCAUCAGUGUUAGCUAGCUGCGCUGGUAGAGAGAGAGAGAGAGAGAGAGAGAGAGUUAAGCGGUUAAUUAAGAGCGGUUUAAUAACUAAAGCGCUGAUUAGUGAGUGAGUGUGAUUAUAUGAAACCGGGUGGAACAUGUCUCUAGUGGCGUAUGACAGCAGCGACGACAGUGAGCGCGAUGAUCCGAGUCCUGAGCCCCGCAGCUCGGCGAAACCCGGCGGCUUGUUCGCCUCUCUGCCCGCGCCCAAGCGCUCAGAGCCCGCGGUGGGGAACCAGAAGCCCGGGCCGGAGCUGCCCAGAGCCAAGAAGCGCUCAGAGCCGGUCAGGAUCAGCGCUCCGGAGAUCCGAGGGGACAGCUCGGAUGAGGAUGAAGAUGAACCUGUGAGGAAGAAAGUGGGAUCUCAGGGUGGUGGUCUGUCGUCUCUUCUCCCCCAACCCAAACACCUGAGUGUGAAGGAAACGCAGCGCCCCCUGGUGCCCCACACCCUCACCAAACGCCCCGCCCCCGCCGCUCACGCCAAAGCCAGCAAGCCGGCGUCUCAGGGCGUGUCCGGGACGAGCGCGUCUCCGUCGGCCAUUAAAGCGGCGGCCAAGUCGGCAUCGCUGCAGUUCGCCCGGCAGAUCGCUGCAGACGAGGAGGGCAGCGACGACGAACUCGCCCCCGAGAAUUACUUCUCCCUGUCGGAAAGCUCGUCAGAACCGGCGGCCGGGGCGUCGUAUCCCGAUCCUCAGCCGUACGCUCCGUCGCUGCAGCCUCCUCCCAGCGCCGAGGACGCACCGCUCGACUUCGGCUCCAGCGCAGAGUCCCAGCCAAGGCCAGCGUGGGGCGCUCACGAGUACCACACCGCCGAUUAUCAACCGCACGAUCACAAACCCAGCGCUCAGGAGUACUACAGCGAGAGUUACUAUCAGGAGCAGAACUCCGGGUUUGGUGAGCAGGAAGAAGCAGAAUCUUCCACUCUGUUCAACGAUGAAGCAUUCCGUAGGCUGCAGGGGAAACAGAACCGAGGGAAGGAAGAGAUCAAGUUCUUGGAGAUUAAAGGUGAUGAUCAGCUCAGUGGCCAUCAGCAGUGGAUGAUGAAGAACAUGACGACGGAGACGGAGCCGCGCAGAUCCUUCAGCAAGAAAAAAGGAGAUCAGCCGACGGGGCAGCAGAGACGCAAACACCAGAUCACAUAUCUGAUUCAUCAGGCUAAGGAGCGAGAGUUGGAGCUGAAGAACAACUGGUCUGAGAAUAAACUCACUCGCAGGCAAACUCAGGCCAAAUACGGCUUCUAGACACCAGAUACGGCUUCUCUCUCUCCCACUCUCUCUCCCUCUCUCUCUCUCUUCUCUCUCUCCCCUCUCUCUCUCUCUCUCUCUCCCACUCUCUCUCUCUCUCUCUCUCUCCCUCUGUCUCUCUCUUCUCUCUCUCCCUCUCUCUCUUCUCUCUCUCCCUCUGUCUCUCUCUCUCUCUCCCCUCUCUCUCUCUCUCUCUCUCCCACUCUCUCUCUCUCUCUCUCUCUCCCUCUGUCUCUCUCUUCUCUCUCUCCCUCUCUCUCUUCUCUCUCUCCCUCUGUCUCUCUCUCUCUCUCCCCUCUCUCUCUCUCUCUCUCUGUCUCUGUCUCUCUCUUGCUCUCUGUGUAUCUCUCUCUCUCUCUCUGUCUCUCUCUCUCUCUCUCUCUCCAUCUCUCUCUCUCUCCAUCUCUCUCUUUCUCUCUCUAUUUCUCUUUCUCUCUCUCUCUGUCUCUGUAUCUCUCUCUCUCUCUCUCUCUGGCUCUCUCUCUCUCUCUCGGUGUGCGUCAGUCUCUUUAUUUUACGUGUUGUGUGUACGUGUGGAAGAGGUGGACGUGUUGGUCUGAGAGUCGUUUCAGCACAGAUUGAGGAAAACUCCAUCAUUAAUAUCACUUUGCGUAAAACGAGACGGAACCUGAAACAUCCGGCUGAUGUGUUCGUUGUUUAUUUCCGUGUGUGUGUGUGUGUGUGUGUGUGUGUGUGUGUGUGUGUGUGUGUGUGUUCUUUACCUAAAGGCUCAAACGUACCAGAAGUUGACCACGCCCUUUUACGCCGUUAUUCCGACCCAAAAGCCCGGUUCCUGGAAUCCGUAAGCUCUGAGGCUAAUGUAGCUAACAAGUAUGGCCUCCAGGUUAUCAUGGUGCACGUCACACUUCUAACGUACAAGCUCCGCCUUCAGACUUUAGGCCACACCCCCUACUGCUGAUGUGGAUGUUUAGUGCACCAUGCUAAACUGGUGGCUAUACGCUUCCAUUAUCUGUUAGCUCCAUUAGCAUGAUAGCUCUGAGGAACUAGCUUGUGGAGUAAGUGGACCGUGUGGACGUUUAGUUUUAGGCCGAAUCACUCCUUCAAAUUUCAUCUUCAUCCGCUCCGGUUUGAGCUUGUAGGCAACAAAUCUGUGAACUGCAUGAACACUGAGUGUGUGUGUGUGUGUGUGUGUGUGUGUGUGUGCGUGCGCGCAGUAACUCAGUAAUACUCUGUAUAGCAGCCGGUUUUUUUUUUUUAAUGUGAAGUAAUACACAAUACAAUAAAGAGAUAAUGUGUGAAAGA